AUGGAGCACAUUUCCCCCCGUGGCACCUGGAAACACAGGGAGGCUCCGGGAUUUCACGGCGUCUUGGCCGUUGGAGCAGCCGGAGUCAAAAGGGGUUUUGUGUAUGACAGCAGAAAUAAUUUACAGAUGCGAGGUUUGGUUGUGUUGCUUAUUUCCAAAGCUGCUGGACCCAGCACAGCAGAGCUCUCUUUCCAGCACAACAUGGUCAGUGGAAUUUAUUCCAGUCAAAGAAGCCUGGCUGAGAUUACAGAACUGAUCCACACUGCCUUUCUGGUGCAUCGUGGCAUCGUGAACAUCGGGGAGCUCAAGUCCUGUGAUGGCCCACUGAAGGAUAUGCAGUUUGGAAAUAAAAUGGCUGUUUUGAGUGGGGAUUUUCUUCUAGCAAAUGCUUGCACAAGCCUUGCACAGUUGCAGAAUACCAAGGUUGUGGAACUCAUUUCAAGUGCUAUUGGUGACUUAGUUCAAGGCAUUUAUUAUGAAAACUCAAAAACAUCUGAGAACUGCCUUACGGAUGAUAUUGGCAUUUCAGGCUGGAAGGAGCAGGUUUUCCUGUCACACAGUGCCUUGCUGGCCAAGAGCUGCCAGGCUGCAAUGGAGCUGGCCAAGCACAGCGUGGAGAUUCAGGACAUGGCGUUUCAGUAUGGGAAGCACAUGUCCAUGAGUCAUAAGCUACAUUCGGACCUCCAACCAUUUGUUAAAGAAAGUUCUAGUGACACUAUGGCCUUCAGUUUGAAUUCUGCUCCUGCAGUCCUCCAUCAGGAAUUUCUUGGAAGGGAGGCAUGGAUCGAACAGAUCAGAGAGGCACGAGGAAAAGGAAAUAAAAUGGACUACAAGAAGCUGCAGGAAGCCAUCAAGGCCGGCAAAGGUGUGACUUCUGCCAUCGACCUCUGCCGCCGCCACGGGAACAGAGCACUGGCAGCCCUGGAGCACUUCCCUUCCUCAGAAGCCAGGGAUGCCUUGGCCAACAUCAUCUACGCCAUGACCAGGUUCCCCUGA